AUGUUCGCCGGCGGCCCAUCCGCGCAUAAAAAUCGAUUCUCUUCACUUCCUGAGCCAAUUCCGAUCGCCGUGCAACUUUCUCUUUCACUCUUUCUUCUUUCAUUUUCGUUUUUCUUUCUUUCACUCCUGCGUCGUUCGCGCCACACUGUACUUUUUUUAUAUAUAUUUCUAUGUAACUUACAGAUAGCUCAUAUUUUCUCUCGUUUCUCUUUUCUUAUACCAUAUUACUCUCACUAUUAUAUCUUUAUCUUUUCUUUUCUCUCUCAUCUUCCUCUGUCCCUUUCUCUGACAUUCUCUCUCGCUGUCGGUCUCGUUCUGUAUCCUUUUACUUCUCACUCUUUCUUUUUUACCUGUCUCAUUGUUCACUAUUUUCUUUUCUCUUUUCUUUCACUUCCUCUUAUUCAUUUGCCUUUCGUUUCUCUUUCAUUGGGAUUUCUAUUCUUUAUCCUACUAUCAUCUUUAAUAUUUCUUGCGUUUUCUUCCCUUCCUUCUCUCUCUCUCUCUCUCUCUCUCUCUCUCUCUUCCACUUUCACUCUUUUCCUCGCUUUCCUAUUAUUCAUUACUACUUUCUCACUCUUCUUUUAUAUUUCCUUCAUUACUUUCCUUGUGACUUAUAUUUUCCUCUCUCUCUUUUUCUCUUUUUCUUUCUACCAUCCAACUCUUUCUCUUAUCUUCUCUAUCCUUCCUUUUCUCUCUCUUCCGCUCUCUCUACCUUUUCUCUCUCUUCCACUCUAUCUUUCCUUUUCUCUCUCUUCCACUCUCUCUACCUUUUCUCUCUCUUCCACUCUCUCUACCUUUUCUCUCUCUUCCGCUCUCUCUACCUUUUCUCUCUCUUCCACUCUCUCUACCUUUUCUCUCUCUUCCACUCUAUCUUUCCUUUUCUAUCUCUUCCACUCUCUACCUUUUCUCUCUCUCCACUCUCUCACCUUUCUCUCUCUUCCGCUCUCUCUACCUUUUCUCUCUCUCUCUCUCCCCUUUCUCUCUUCCGCUCUCUCUACCUUUUCUCUCUUCCCCUCUAUCUUUCCUUUUCUCUCUCUUCCGCUCUCUCUACCUUUUCUCUCUCUUCCACUCUCUCUACCUUUUCUCUCUCUUCCACUCUCUCUACCUUUUCUCUCUCUUCCACUCUCUCUACCUUUUCUCUCUCUUCCACUCUCUCUACCUUUUCUCCUCUUAUUCCGUUUCUCUCAAUCUAUUCUUUUCUCUCUUUUAACAACAAGUCCGCCUCUUGUCCUUCUCACCUCCACUUCUUCUUAA